ACCAAAGUCGAUGUAUAUACGGAUCAGUUGGACUCAGGCACAGUGUGUCGACGGAUUGACUUCUUGCCCGAGUUGAAUUAAAAGUAGUUGUAACGAAAAUGGGUUCAUUGCUUCCCCCUUUGUUGCUGUUGUUGUUGUUGGGCAACGGUUUCUGUGCGGAGACACCGCAGAAUGUGCUGCUGCUCCUGGCCGACGACGCUGGCUUCGAGAUGGGCGCGUAUCUGAACAAAUACUGCCAGACACCCAAUUUGGAUGCGUUGGCGAGCAAGGGAUUGCUUUUCAACAACGCAUUUACCUCGGUGAGCAGCUGCAGUCCGAGUCGUGCCCAAUUGCUGACGGGGCAGGCGAGUCACUCGAGUGGAAUGUAUGGACUGCAUCAGGGAGUGCAUAACUUCAAUGUCUUGCCAGAGGUGAGCUCACUGCCCAAUGUGCUGCGGGAGCAGAGUAAUGGACGCAUCUUCAGUGGAAUUAUUGGCAAGAAACAUGUUGGUCCAGCUUCCAACUUUCGGUUUGACUUCGAGCAGACGGAGGAGCAACAUUCGAUCAAUCAGAUUGGACGCAAUAUCACCAGGAUGAAGGAGUACGCUCGCGAUUUCCUAUCGCAGGCCAAGCGAGAGGCGAGACCCUUCUUUUUGAUGGUGGGAUUCCAUGAUCCCCAUCGCUGCGGUCACAUCACUCCACAGUACGGCGAAUUCUGCGAACGCUGGGGCAGCGGGGAGGAGGGCAUGGGCACAAUACCGGACUGGAAGCCCAUCUACUACGACUGGCGCAACUUGGAGGUGCCCGCCUGGCUGCCAGACACGGAUGUGGUGAGGCAAGAACUGUCUGCCCAGUACAUGACCAUCUCUCGCCUGGAUCAGGGAGUUGGUUUGCUGUUGCGGGAAUUGCAGGCAUCCGGUCUGGCCGAAAGCACCCUGGUCAUUUACACCUCCGACAACGGACCACCCUUCCCAGGUGGACGCACUAAUCUCUAUGAGCACGGCAUUCGAUCCCCUCUCAUUGUCAGCUCCCCUCAGCCUGACGCCCGUCGCCAUGAAACAAGCGCUGCCAUGGUGAGCCUGCUCGACAUUUAUCCCAGCGUGCUGGAUGCGUUGCAAUUGUCCCCACCGAAUGGAACUCGAUUCAGCGGGCAAUCUCUGUUGCCCGUGCUGCGAAAGGAGCCGGCACCACAGGAGAACGACUCGGUUUUCGGCAGCCAAAGUUACCAUGAGGUGACCAUGGCAUAUCCGAUGCGCAUGGUGCGAAAUAGGCGCUAUAAACUCAUCCAUAAUCUUAACUACUGGGCUGAUUUUCCAAUAGAUCAAGAUUUCUAUACCUCGCCCACGUUUCAGCAGAUCCUCAAUGCCACAAUCAACAAGCAACCCUUGCCCUGGUAUCGUACACUCCUGCAAUAUUACCAACGACCCGAGUGGGAACUAUAUGACAUUAAGGCGGAUGCCCUGGAACGGAUUAAUCUCGUGGACAAGCCAAAGUAUAGUUCCAUAUUAAAGCAGCUGCGCCAAAAGCUCUACAAGUGGCAGGUGGACACUGAAGAUCCCUGGCGUUGUGCUCCCCACGCUGUUCUACAGGCCCAGGGAGUAUUCAAGAAGGAACCAGUGUGUCUAACAUUGGGACACGAGGCUCUCCAAAGGCCCAAGCGUAGGGUGCUAACACAAUACGAGGAGUAUGUACUUGUCUAGGUGUGACUUUCCCUAUCUAUGCCCAAUUUUGGCAUGCAGCCGCUAUCAUCAUGUAUUGUAAUGUACUAAUCGAUUAGAUACUCAUUUUUAUACAUUUUUCCUAAUCACAAGCAAAAUAUAAAUCAACUUUAAAUGCUGAUAA